AUGGCCGAUCCUAGACUUAACGAGCUUCUCAAAUGGAGCAUCGAGCAAUCUGAGGCCACCAAAAAUGACCCAGAAGCCCCUCCAGCCAAGACACAACUCACUCCGGAGCUUAUGGCAGCACUCAUGGGCGGCCCCUCCGAUGCCGACCUCAUGAAAGCUUCAAUGGAGAUCAUCGCUUCCGACAACGCUGAGGAGGUUUCCCUCGACGACAAGCUUGUCGCAUUCGACAACUUUGAGCAGCUCAUCGAGAACCUCGACAAUGCCAACAACAUUGCAAACCUCAGCUUGUGGACCCCACUACUGGAGCAGCUCAAGCAUGAAGAGCGCGAGAUGCGCAAGAUGGCCGCAUGGUGUGUCGGCACUGCUGUGCAGAACAACGAAAAGACACAGGAACGUCUGCUUGCUGUGGGGGGAGUGCCUAUGCUGGUAGACUUGGCUACUAAGGAGGAUGAGCCUGUCGAUGUCCGCCGCAAAGCUGUUUAUGCGCUCAGCUCGGCGGUGCGCAACUACCAGCCCGCCAUGGAUCUCUUUGCCGACGAGUUGACCAAGAAGGGCCACAAGACUGACAAGGUUGACGCUACAAGCAUGGAGGCUGUGGAUGAAGUCGUCAACGGUCUGCGCGAGAAGAUCGGCAAGGCUUAA